AAGCCGAGCCGAACCGAGUUGAAUCAUCACCACCGAUUCAUCUUAUCCACAGCUAGCCGCGCCUCCACUUCUCUACCGCCGAAUCUCUUCAGUUCACUCGGCACCCGCGGCAACAUUCAGAUUUGGACAGUAAUUGCAGCAGGGUUUCAAGGGUCUUUGGACAUUUUUUGAAGAUUUUGAAGAUUUGGACAGUUAAUUGCACCCCUCUGUUUUUUAGGGAGGUAUUUGAGCUGCAUAUUUACUGCAACGGAUACGCCUCCAGCUUACCCACAGAGAGAAAAUGGCAUCUACAGUCACUCUUUCCUUGGUUUCUCUGAUCAAAUGUCAAGAUCACAACUUUAUGCCGUCCACCCAUGCCAAAAGGAAUCUCCUUCCUUUCAAGUCAUCCUUCUCCGGCGCUGCAUUUAACCCAGCUUCACUUUCUCAAAAGUUCUGUUCUUUAACAAGUUACUCUUCAUAUCCUCAUCCUUUUGCAGUGCAAGCUAAGAAAUCUUCUCUACCUGAGGCCAAAAGUAAAAGCGCAAAGAGCACUCGAUCUCAAAGGCUAGCACUUGAUUAUUCCCAGAUUCUGAAGUAUCCGAUCGUGUCAGAGGCCGGAAUCAAGAACAUCACGCAGAACAACACAUUGGUGUUUGCCGUGGAGAAGCGUGCUGACAAGAGGCUCAUAAAGGAUGCUGCCACGAACAUAUUCAAGAUUCAGAUCAAGAAGGUUAACACUUGUAUCAUGCCCGAUGGGACCAAGAAAGCCUUCCUUAUGUUGAAAUCGGAGUGUAGUGCAGGAGACGUGGCUAAGAGAAUCAAAGCCAUUUAGUAGCUUCAGCAGGUAUCUGUUAUGUAUACUAAUCAUUUAUGUUCAUUUCUUCUUGUAAUGACUUUGUCUAUACCCCAUUCCUAAAGUACACUUUUGGGUGUUGGGUCCCAAAUUGGUUUCCCAUUUUAUUGUAAUUUUAAAAAGUCAAAUGAAUUUGUCAUGCAUUCAUGUCAACAAUGUUCAUAUCUUAAUAUGCAAAAGGGAGAAAAUUGGAUAUACCAUGUUUAGU